GGCGACAUUCAUUCAACAAACAGGUACAGUAUUUUUAUGACACUGAGCCUAACUGUUUAGACGUUUGAAUAUUUCAGCAACUGUCUAUUUUGUGGGACAUGGGGAGCCCACAUAUUAGUUUUCAGCUACACUACAUCAAGAAGCACUACACCGAAUGAAGAAUGGAUUUUUUUAUUUUUCUCUUUGUGGGCUUCACCAUAAAACUAUCCCAGUCCAUGCCUACACAAGGUGAUAUUGUCAAGGAUUUAGGUCCAGACUUUGUAAUAGGUCCGGAUCUAAGCAUUGAAGAAAUAAACCAAGGCCUGAAUCCGAAUCUUACUGGAGGUGAUAUCAUGCAGAAACGGAAAAGAAGUGCUGUUUUAGAAACGGAGGCCAGAUGGGAGAUUCCAGUGCCCUAUACUCUUAAUUCUAGCCUUGACAUUAAUGCUAAAGCAGUUGUGCUGAGGUCAAUUGAAGAGUAUGCUCUGAAGUCAUGCAUAGAUUUCAAGCUACGGGACACAGAGAGAAACUACAUAUCAAUUGAAAAAGAUUCAGGAUGCUACUCUUAUGUGGGGAAUAUUCGUUCUGGGAGACAAAUCCUUUCCAUUGGACAAUACUGUGAUCACGUAUUUAUUGUCGAGCAUGAAUUUCUUCAUGCUCUAGGCUUCUUUCAUGAGCAAUCCAGAUUUGACAGAGAUGAGUAUGUCACAAUUGUUUGGGAGAACAUUGAGAAAGGGUUUGAGAACAACUUCGAAAAGAUAUUAAAAAAUGAAAGCACCACACAAGGUAGUCUGUAUGAUUACAACUCCAUCAUGCACUAUGCGCAGUUCGCCUUUAGUAAUGGAAACGGAACAACUAUAAUCACAAAGCAGCCUAAGUUUCAAAAUCUGAUUGGACAGAGGUUCAGCCUGAGUCGCUAUGAUGCCGAGGAACUCAACAACCUCUACAACUGCACAUCCUCAGUGGCCCUUCUGGAGAAGUGCACUUUUGAGAACGAGUCAACGUGUCGCAUGAGCCAGUGCUCCAAGACCAACGCAAGUUGGAGCAAUGAGACAUUCACCUCCGGUGGCCCCCGCUCCGGUCACACCAAUCUGGGGGUUUCAGAAGGACCAACAAGUACUCCCUCCAAUGAAUCCAGCACCUCAGCUCCAAAUAAUAUGACAGGGACAGACAUCUUCAUGCAUUUCAGCACAGUCAAUGGUGUGGAAGGAGACAGAGCCAAAAUGGAGACCGGGAAGAUGACUCCCAGGAGACGUUGCAGUAUACAGUGCCUCCAGUUUUAUUACUACCACAGUGGAAAUGAGUCUGAUCAACUCAACAUAUGGAUAAGACAGUUUGAUCAAGACAAUAACAAGGAAACACUGAGUCUUAUGUGGCGGAUCACAGGCCCACCAGCUGACUACUGGCAGCUCCAGCAUGUGCCUCUGAAUGCCAACAAAUUAUUCCAGGUGGAAUUUGAGGGGCAAAAAGGAGAAGGACGUUCCUCUGGCGGCUUCUCCAUCGAUGACAUCAACCUGUCUGAGACGGAGUGUCCCCAUCAGACUUGGCACAUAAGGAACGUGGAGCAGCUCAUUGCUAAUGACACAGUCCUCUUUAGCCCAAGAUAUUUUUCCAAGACUGGCUACGGGUACCAAAUUUUGGCCGUACUGAGCCCAACUGUCAUUGGGGCCUUUGUUCGCUUGGUGUCAGGGGAAAAUGACGAUCAGCUGCAGUGGCCAUGCCCCUGGCAUCAGAUCACAAUCCUAUUCCUGGACCAGAACCCUGACAUCCAGAAACGGAUGUCCAGGCAAUUUAGUUACACCACGGAUCCCACGUCAACAGACGCUCCUAUAUGGGACGAACCACGGAAAGUUGGAACAUUGUUCAAUGACUCGAACGGCGACUCUUAUUACGUGAAUCGUGCAUUUGGAGUGCAACUAAGGAGCUUGGAAGAAUUUAGGAAUGGAGGAUUCAUGAAAGGAGGGGACAUCUUCAUCCUUGUAGACAUGCAAGACAUUUCAGAACUGCGUUCUGGCCCUUCUCGUGAGUGCAGCACUGUACUGCCACCACAGAACAUUGCAAGUGCCGAUGCAGAUGAUGGCCCAUGUGUGCCUUUUGUCAGGGAGACAACCACCACAAGCAAAACAAGCUCUUUACAGGUCUCCUCUUUUGUGGUGGCUGUCCUCAUGGCCUGGGCAAUGCUGUGGAGUUACUGAUAUGCACCGAUAGCAGCCUGAUCCUGGUCCUUACAGAGCCGUGGAUCUGUGAGCCCCAGCGAGCACUGCUUUUCAUUUCAACCUUGAUGCCAUUCCUGAAGUAUAAAGCACUUUUUCAUUGUUUUUAGACACUUUAAUGUCUGACGAUCAUUGUACGGGUUUAAUUACGCAUUAGUGUCAGAAACAGAUAUUCACGUUACAAAUAAAGUAUAGUCCAUGUUCAUUUAAGGACUGUUUAAGGACAGCCGGGUUGGUUCGUACUAAUGAACAAUAAUAUUUUUUUAAAAUGUAAGAACGAGAGACGUUUAAAACUACCGUCAGAAGUUCUUCGACCAGCGGCUACCAAGAGGAUACAUGUGUGUUCAUCGGUUAUAGUUUCAGCCGUAUUUCAAAUACACGUUAGCGUGUGUAAAUAAGACCGUUUCGGAGUUGCUGUAAGGUGUAUUUCUUCACUUUGAAGGAGGUAGGCUACUGACUCCGAUAGGCUUCAAGUCUUUAUGCUAAGCUAACACGUUAUGCUAAGAUGGAAAUUGAGCCAGUGAAUGCACAAAAAUGAAAAUAAAAUCAAACAUCAUCUGGGUAAGUCAGAAAAAAGGCCUAUGUCCCAAAAUGUUGGUGUUUUCCUUUAAUGGCAGUGUGGAUUGUCUUCGCACCAGUUUGUAAGGCCUUGCACUUCCAUGUCUGUGGGCUGAUUCGUCAUUGUUGGCUGAUUUGUCACUUGGAACUGCACUAUCCUCUAGGGUCCUCAACACACUUGUCCCUGGGUUUUAUUUGCCCUUUAUUGUACAUCGCUCUGGAUAAGAGCUAAAUACCUGUAAUGUAAUGUAAUGAUGAUGUGUCCAAUGAUGGUGGUGUCACAUGCACAUUCCAUGAUAUGGAUGUUUUGGUGUGUGGUGAUAGUCAUAGUUGAAUAAUGAAUACAGGAGUGAUUGUGACACUGGAACAAAGUGUACCUGGGAGAAUGCAAUAGUGUUUGGGCAGAUAAGUGCUCAGUCAUGACGACACUGUAAACAUAGCAUCACUAAACCUGGUAAACAACAUUCAGUACAUACAUAACUUCCAGUCAGCUGAGACUCACUGGCCUAUCUUAUCACUAGAGGAGACACUUCAUCUUGAAUUAACAAAACAGACGGCUCUGAGAGACCGAAUAGCUAGUUCUGAUUUGGAAGGGUUUGUGUAUUAUUUGGGGCACCGUGCACUCGUGUUCAUCCAAUACGCAUGCUGCAUGAACCAAUAAUUGUAUGUUGUUUUUUGAGUUUUUUGAUUGUGUACCAAUCAGAGGUAGAAUGAUGUAUUUCACUAUAUUUCCACUCAAUGUUAUAAUCUAUGUAUUAGUAAGACACUUUGAUUAUAAAAUGGCAGACUGCCUGUCUCAUCAGUUCAUGCUUGACCACCUUGUGUGUUUAAGUACUGGACUUUGUGCAGAAAAAUAAAUCCUUUUCUUCUUUGA